AUGGACGGUCGUGAACAUCGCAGAUAUUUGAAAGCAUUUUAUAAACAUCAAUGCUGGGUGUUUCGUUUAUUCGGUCUCUGGAAAUUAUCUGCCGAUAUGACACAAUCCUAUCAACUUUUACACGCUCUCUAUUUCAAUUAUUUUCUAACGAUGUGGGUUCUAUCCUUAGAUGCCAGCUGCAUAAUGCAAUUGGUUUUUAAGGCAAGAGAUUUAAAUGAAGUGAUUGAAGUAUUUAUUAUAUUCGCUACAGCUCUCGCGGUUCUAGCUAAAUUUCUUACCAUCAAAAUGAAGAAUGAUUUAUACCGUCAAUGGUGCGAGAUGAUUGCAAGCUCAACAUUCCGACCUAACAAUACGCGCGAAAUUCAAUUGUUUCAACAAUCCCAGAGAUUAGCACGUUUAAUACGUAACGCUUAUUGUGUUCUUUCGUUUAUAGCUCUCAAUAUGUUAAUGUGUGUAGUGGAUGAUAGUGGAUUACCUUUAUCAAUUUAUAGCCCCUUUGAUACGAAUAGAAAGUCGGGCUACUUAUUAACCUAUGGUUAUCAAUAUAUAACCGCUUCAGUAUGUUGCUAUUUGAAUAUUGCUUUCGACUCGUUAUCGGCCUCAUUUCUUAUUCACCUUAAAGGACAGAUGGACAUUUUGUGUGAUCGGUUAAAAAAUGUUGAUAAAUAUUCGAAAUGCAAUAAUGAUCAUAAAAUUACCGAUGAAUUGAAAAAUUGCAUUAAAUAUUACGAAGAAAUUUUAAACGUUGCCCAGAUCAUUCAGGAUUUAAUAAGUUUACCGAUUUCUAUACAAAUUGUUUGUUCGGUCUUAGUAUUGGUCGCUAAUUUUUUCGGAAUGACUUUUUUGGCCGAUCCCGGUGAUUAUGCAUUUUUCUUCAAAGUGCUGAUCUAUCAACUUUGUAUGCUCUCGCAAAUCUAUAUUUUAUGCUAUUUCCCUAACGAGGUAACCGAUCGAAGUGAAGCUAUUUCUCAUUCUCUAUAUAGCGCGGAAUGGUUUCCUUGGAGUCAAAUGAAUCGUAAAUUAACUUUCAUGAUGAUGGACCGGUUCGAUGUACCUAUCCGCUUUAGAUCGAUCAAUCCCACCUAUAGCUUCAAUCUGGCCGCUUUCACUUCGAUUGUUAACUCUUCAUACAGUUACUUUGCUUUAUUAAGAAAUAUGAACAAUUAA